UCUGUGAUUCUCUGCUCACUCUGCAUUUUAAAAUGAGGUCGAUCAACCUCAUCGAGUCCAGGGGUGGUGGGGGGGACACGUUGCCCUAACACAUGGGGCUGCAACACCCCGAGCUCUAUUUCUGCUCUCAGUCCCUGCUUCAGGGGCAGCGUUGUGUUCCAGCACCGUGUCAGGGGCUCUCUGUCUCCCUUUCAGGGGCAACACCAGGGUGGAGGAAGCCUGUGAGAUGUACACCAGGGCUGCCAACAUGUUCAAGAUCGCCAAGAACUGGAGCGCCGCAGGGAACGCCUUCUGCCAGGCGGCCAAGCUGCACAUGCAGCUGCAGAGCAAACACGACUCGGCCACCAGCUUCGUGGACGCUGGGAACGCUUACAAAAAAGCAGAUCCACAAGAGGCCAUCAACUGCUUAAAUGCAGCUAUCGAUAUCUACACCGACAUGGGGCGGUUCACCAUCGCUGCCAAGCACCACAUCACCAUUGCGGAGAUCUACGAGGCUGAGCUGGUGGACAUCGAGAAGGCCAUCGCGCACUACGAGCAGGCUGCGGACUAUUACAAAGGAGAGGAGUCCAACAGCUCAGCCAACAAGUGUCUGCUGAAGGUGGCCGCCUACGCCGCGCAGCUGGAGCAGUACCAGAAGGCCAUAGAGAUCUACGAGCAGGUUGGGACAAACACGAUGGAUAACCCUUUGCUGAAGUACAGCGCCAAAGAGUAUUUCUUCAAAGCUGCUCUGUGCCACUUCAUCGUGGACGAGCUGAACGCCAAGCUUGCACUUGAAAAAUACGAAGAAAUGUUCCCGGCGUUCACAGACUCACGGGAGUGCAAGCUAUUGAAAAAACUGCUGGAAGCCCACGAGGAGCAGAACUCUGAGGCAUACACCGAGGCAGUUAAAGAAUUCGAUUCAAUAUCACGGUUGGAUCAGUGGCUGACAACCAUGCUGCUUCGCAUCAAAAAGUCCAUCCAAGGAGAAGGAGACGGGGACCUGAAGUGAAUUGUUCGUGGUAUUUGUGGCAUGCAGCCUAAGUAAUCUGUUCUUGUGUUACAGCCAAGGACCACUGUGGGAUACGUGAUAAAAUAUCUAGCUUUAUUUUGUUGCUUCCGAAUACAAUGACUUGUGUAUUUCUUUAGUAUCCUGCUCUUUGUCGUGACAACCUGGGUAGAUAAGAAGCGAUGCUCUGGGUAACACUGGCAGGUCUUUUGGAGGCGAAAGAAGCACUUCUGGCAGAAAUCCUUCCUUGGUUUUGGUAGCUGUGAACCCAAAGUCUGCACUUCCCACUGCUGUUUUUUCCCCGCUGCUCUGUCUUAAGGCUCAGUCCCACUGAUUCCAGCAUGGAAAUAUUUUGUCUACGCCAGUAGAGUACAAAUAACUGCUUCUGAUCUGUUGCUGUAUGACUGCUCUUUUCUGUUUCUCAAUGGACCUCUGUCAGAUACACUGGGACCUGGUUUUUUCUUUUGAAUGAUGGAGCGGUUUUCAUGGUGCUAGUGAAAGGCUUUGUGACCCAUAUAGGGUGUGCAUGUGUGUGUGUAUACAUCCUGCACAGAUACGUGUGUGCAGUGUAUGCACAGAACACACAAUGACCUAGUGCUGCAAGCACCACACGUUAGGGGACAGGACUGCUUAGACUGGACUCACCCUCCAAGUGCUCGUGGCAAGUAGUUAAUGGUGUAUUUUGUAUUUCAGAUCUAUAUAAAAUGUAAGGUUCUUCUAUAUUUUCUUGGAUCUAUUUUUCCACUUCCUUUAUUUUGUGGUGCAUCCCAUCCCUCCUACCCCCCAGAUGACUUUGGCCCAAGUAAUGAUCUAUUUUUCUAACUUUUCAUUUCCAUGAAUCCCCGCUGCUGUCUCUGGUGUGUGCUGGGCAACGUCCCUUCCUUUCUGCCCCUCCUGCUGCCGGCGAAGCCCCCUCGGUCUCGUGACGUACGAAGGUGUUGACUGAGACCUUUUAUUAUACAGAAACCUUGUUUUAGUUAGUUAAUUAGCUGGAUGACAGGUGAAUUGAGCUCGCUUUGAAAAGCUGUAGACGCAUUUAAAAACCCCUGCGGUAAUUUUAGAAACGUGUUUUAAAAACGUCUGCACCCAAAGCUCUUCAGUGCAGCGCUUUGUUUAACCAGAGCUGAUGAAGCUGUCUGCCUGCCCACGAGGUCCUGUCUAUACGUUAAGGAGGCCGUGGCAGCCUAUGCAAUUCCUCAGUGGGAGUUAGCAGUAUUUCUCCGUAACGCAGUGAUUUGCAGCUGCACUACUGCUGUGUAAAAGAGUGAAAGAGUAAUUAAUUAAAGGCUUUAUUUCAACAGCAAUUGUGCCAAGCAGGCCCUUUUCCAUAGCCAGAGUGGGACGAGCACAGCAGCCCCCAGCAGGCAGCUCCAGCCUGGAGUCAGCCCCUUGUUUCUCUUGAUGAAGCAAUUGGCUCUGCCAACCAAAGCGUUGCCUCUGCUGCAUCUCCCCAGUUUGUUUCUCAUCUAGAUAUUCCAGUCAAACGCAGUUGGGCUCGUUAGUCUGAGGGGUUUAGUUCUGUUGAAGCUGUGCUUUAUCUCUACCGCUGGCUGAUGAAAAAGAAAAGCAAAAUAUGCUCCUUUUACAUGCCAAAUUAAUUAUUUUUUUUCCCUCUGACUGAUCAGACCAGUCACUUGUUUUCCAUAGACUAGUCUAUGCAUUGUAACUGGAAAGAAAAGCUGUGCAGAACCAACAAGGUGGACACAUUAGGAAAGCCUGGAUGGAUGAUACUCGUUCUUCCAAACAACUUCAGUUUCUUCACUUCUCAGAUGUGUUUUUAAGGCUCCUGCUCGUGUUCAGUCUCUGUCCACAACAAAACUAUCCCUUUCACUUAGAUCACCGUGUCUUCUGUAUGUCUUACCACAAACUUGGCAGAGAAAUGCUUUAAAUUCAGUUUAGCUCAUGGUUCUGGUCUGUGUCCACCUGAGAGGCUCUGAGAUGGGUGCACACCUCAGCUGACUGACUGAUGCUUUCCGUGGGUGUCCUGUUCCUGUGCCAGGGUCCUUCGUGUGCCUGUGCCACCUCCCCGGGGCAGAGGAAACACUGGGUUUGGGGCGCAGCUCCCAGGGUAGGGAGGUAUUCUUAUUGCUGAAGUUGGAUGAGCUGCAAAGCUGCUUUCAUUUUGGACAAGAGGGCCCAAAGAUGUAACUUCUGCUGAUCUCACCUGUGCUAAAAGGAUAGGGUUGGAACAGUUUUUGUUUAAUUUACCCGUUUCCUUAGCAAGCAAAGACCCAUUGUAUUGAUGGCUUUGUCUUAUGUCCAACACCUUUGGAGCCUUGGUCAGGGGAAGCACAGGGGAAGUAUUUUAUGCCUUUUUUUUUUUUUUUUUUGUUGACUUUUCCAGUUGUCAGUAUUCUGCACAAUUGUGCUAAGAUGCAGAUGGAGCUGGUGGAGCAGAAGACCGUACCCAUGGGGCUGUGUGGUCUGUUACUAUGCUCUGGAUCGAUAUUAAUAAAAUACAAAUGUUAAUUCUUUUAUAAAUAUGCUACAGCAUGUCCUCCAGUGUAUCAGUGGUAAAUUGUGACUGUUUUAAAAUGACAAUCUGCCACUCCGCUGUAUUUCCCCCCCCCCAGUACACAACUCUGUACUAUGAAAACUUAUUACUGAAAUGGCCUUAGCAAGAAUAUAAUGUUUUGCGUGAAUCUGUACAUUAAUAAAGUGAAAAUAAUGAAUUUAA